AUAUAACAUAUGAUACAUAAACUAAUCCCUAGUCAAUUCCAGGCUAUCGCUUCUUCCCCAGUUUCAAUCUCGAUCUCUCCAGUAUCCUUGGGCCCAUAGCUUGUACCUACCGUUUGCAUCCAAAUAAAUUUGUUGACUACUGUCGGGAACCGAGGUCGUUUUUCGGGUAUAUUGCACUAAAAAGGAGACGCCUUUCCUGCAUGAGAUCUUAAUUGCAAGAUGGACUUGACAAGUUAUGUUCCAACUGUCUUAAUGAAUUCUUUGAAAAAUGCAUCCGAACUGAUCACAUUUGCAUAUGAUGUGCCUUUUGCUCGAGCUGUUGUUUUUGGAGUGCACAUUGGAGGCCAUCUAUUUGUGGAAGGUCUACUCCUAGUAGUUAUCAUCUUCUUACUAUCUCAGAAGAGUUACAAGCCACCAAAACGCCCUUUAACGACCAAGGAGAUAGAUGAGCUUUGUGAUGAAUGGGUACCAGAGUCUCUUAUCCCACCUGUAACAGAAGAGAUGAAAAAGGAAGUUCCAGUACUAUUAAGUGCUGCAGGACCACAUACAAUAAUCAAUGGCAAAGAAGUGGUUAAUUUUGCUUCAGCGAAUUACCUAGGAUUAAUGGGACACGAGAAGUUACUUGAAUCAUGUACUUCUUCCCUGGAGAAAUAUGGUGUUGGUUCUUGUGGUCCUCGUCAAUUUUAUGGGACCAUUGAUGUUCAUCUUGACUGCGAAACCAGAAUAGCAGAGUUUUUGGGAACUCCUGAUUCCAUACUAUAUUCUUAUGGACUCUCAACUAUGUUCAGUGCAAUUCCAGCAUUUUGUAAGAAAGGAGAUAUUGUUAUUGUAGACGAAGGCGUUCACUGGGGGAUACAGAAUGGUUUAUACUUGUCAAGAAGCACUAUCGUAUAUUUCAAGCACAACAACAUGGAGUCUCUACGAAGUACACUAGAGAAAGUCACUCAAGACAAUAAGCGAGCUAAGAAACUGAGACGCUACAUCGUUGUGGAAGCUGUAUAUCAGAAUUCUGGUCAAAUUGCCCCACUGGAUGAGAUUAUCCAACUGAAGGAGAAGUACAAGUUUCGUGUUCUAUUAGAUGAGAGCAACUCUUUUGGUGUGCUUGGCAAAUCUGGUAGAGGUCUAACUGAACACUACCAUGUUCCGAUCGAUAAAAUAGAUAUAAUAACUGCCGCCAUGGGACAUGCAUUGGCCUCAGAAGGUGGAUUUUGCACCGGAAGUCACAGAGUCAUUGAUCACCAACGCCUCAGCAGCUCUGGUUAUGUCUUUUCUGCAUCUCUGCCCCCAUACUUGGCAAGUGCUGCAAUUGCUGCUAUUGAUGUCAUACAGGAAAAUCCUCAACUCAUAACAAAGUUGAGAGAUAAUUCCAAAACAUUAAGCGCAGGAUUGUCGGGAAUACCAGGCCUGGAACUUGCAAGCGAUUUCAUGUCACCCCUUGUUUUCCUCAAACUACAAAAACCCACAGGGUCCUUGAAGAGCGAUCUUCAAUUGCUCGAAGAUCUUGCUGAUCGUGUACUGAAGGAACACUCGGUUUUUGUAGCACCUUCAAAAAGAUCGAUGGUCGAUAAAUGCAAUCUGCCCGUGGGGAUCAGAAUGUAUGUCUCAGCUGCUCACACAGAUUCCGAUCUGCAGAAAGCAUGCGAAUCAUUGAAGAUUGUCGCGGCUUCGAUAUUUACGGAUCAAAACUAAAUACUACAACGUAAUCACCUCUUUUGAACAGUUUUGUGAAAGAAAACAGAGCAGAUACGAUGAAAAUGUGUUUUUUUUUGUUUUACCACUUCUUCACAUGCUAGCUGGGUUUUGUUCAUAUGUCCUCUUAACUUUGGAAAUUUCAGUUUAAUUUUGUAUUUUUUAUUGAUAUUUUUCUGGUACUUCCUGC